UUAGUGGAGUCUCUAGUCCUUUUUUUCUUCCUUUUGAAAAGAAAAAGUCUCAAGUCUUUGUUCCAAUGUAGAGAAGAAGAAGCGCUUACCAAUAAAUACGUCAGUCUUCUUUCUUUUUCUGAAUUUUCUUCAAAAACCUCUCUCUGUCUAUAGCCAACAGUUGGAAGUAGCAGUCUGAGAGAUGUUAAGCUCCUGCUUAGGAAGCUGCUUUGGUGGGGGCGAUGGUGAUGGUCUUAUGUGGCACAUGGAUUUAAAACGACAUGCCACAGGUGACUAUUCAGUUGCAGUGGUUCAGGCCAAUUCGUUGCUUGAAGACCAGGGUCAAGUAUUUACAACCCCUUCUGCUACUUAUGUUGGUGUUUAUGAUGGUCACGGUGGCCCUCAAGCUUCUCGUUUCAUUAACAACAACCUCUUCCCUUAUCUCCAAAAGAUUGCAUUGGAAGAAGGAGGAUUAUCUGAGGAUGUGAUCAGGAAAGCAUUUGAUGCCAUUGAGGAGGGAUUCUUGCAUUUAGUGAAGCAGUCUUGGCUUGAUCAGCCUCAGAUUGCUUCUGUGGGAUCUUGUUGUCUUGUUGGAGCGAUUUCGAAAGAUAAAUUGUACGUGGCAAAUCUUGGGGACUCCAGGGCAGUGCUCGGCAGGAGAGUGGCAACUGGCGAGACGGGUGAUUCAGCAACAUUUGUGGCAGAACGUUUGUCUAUAGAUCAUAAUGUUGGGGUUGAGGAGGUAAGGAAAGAGGUAGAGGCACUGCAUCCCGAUGAUUCUCAUGUUGUUGUCUACACUCGAGGGGUCUGGAGAAUCAAGGGUAUAAUUCAGGUUUCUAGAUCAAUUGGAGAUGUCUAUCUGAAGAAACCUGAGUUUAGCAGAGAUCCUCUCUUCAUACAAUAUGGAUAUCCUAUUCCUUUAAAAAGAGCUGUAAUGUCAGCAGAGCCUUCUAUAUUGAUCCGGAAGAUAAGACCAGAAGACUUAUUUUUGAUAUUUGCAUCAGAUGGCCUAUGGGAGCAACUGAGCGACAAAGCAGCUGUGGACAUUGUUCUAAAGAAUCCUAGAACUGGAAUAGCAAAACGAUUAGUGAGAGCUGCCCUUGAGGGGGCUGCAAAAAAGAAAGAAAUGAGAUAUGAGGAAAUCAAACGACUAGAGAAGGGGGCCAGACGGCAUAUUCACGAUGAUAUAACAGUUAUUGUUAUAUAUUUGGAUCGCCAGGACAUGCCCGCAAAUGCUAGAUUGAACAUUGUUAAGGGCACAAGCGUCCCUGUCGACAUAUACUCUCUGAACUCCGGUCAUCAAGGAGAAAACACAUCUUCUGUUUCACCAUGAACAAUGUCUAGUACAUGUAUACGGUAUACCAUCUUGUAAAUACAUCGCCUUGGAAUUGGAGAGUUUUUUCCAUUGUACUUUUAAGAUAUAAAUCAACCAUGUACAUAUACCUUGAUGUACAUGCAACUUCUGUAUUGGAGUUGAUAGGACUAAGCUGAUGACACAGCUCGGCCUUCCACUUUGGUUUUUGACUCUGUCGUGAAAAAGCUAUAUGUUGUACUUUCCUGGAAAUUAUACUAAAACUGCAUGUUGAAAGUUCAUAGAUGAAAUGAAAUUACAGUUUCUUCU